AAUAAUCCCAUAUUUCUAGCUUCUAGCCCUCCUCUCAGUUCCGUCCAAUGGCGCUUCGUCCUACCAAGCAUAAAGCAAAGUAGGGCAGAACAGCAUUUUCUGCAGAGAUUGGUGUGUUUGGGAAUUGGGAUUCGAGAAGAGUAGCCAAGCAAAAAGCGAAACUUCAGUAACCAUGGAGGCUGGUACUGGUAAACCAACAACAACGAUGAUGUGCACAUUGCUAGCAAUGGACCACACGGGAUUUUGUUACAAAGUCUGUUCCGUCUGUGAGAGGACUCUUCCUGAUAACCCAGAUUCUCGCUGUAAACUCUGCAACUUCAAUGCCUCAAACUCUGCCUCCUCCGCUUCCAAACGCCUCUUUCGCAUUCUUAUGUCUGUAGCAUCAGAUACAAAGGUGUUUACUGUGAUAUGCUUUGAUAGGGUAGCUAAGGUUCUGUUUGGUUGCUCUGCCGAUGAGUUUUUUGACUUUGCCAAGAUUCACCCUUUUGCUGCUGCAACUGCUAGUAAAAUUCUGGAGGGAGAGAUGUUUAAAAUCACACUUUCCAAACCAAAGAAUGGUAAUGCACAACAUCUUCGUGUGGUUCAAGUUUUUCCUCUGCGGACUGGAUUUCAGCCAGCAAUCGAGACCUUGAAGGAAUUCUAUGGAGUAAAAAGUGGCUCUUAACUAUUCGUUUCAUUUCUGCAUGGUGCGUGGAUAGUAUUGUUGUUUCAUUACAGGGCUGGUGUUAUCUGUUUGGAAGUAUUUUGGUUGACAAGUAGAUUACUUGUUCUGUAGUUUCUGUAAAGGCAUCGGGUUCAAUGGUUUCGUUUCUAAUUUAUGGAGAAAUUUGGUUUAGCAUGCGUAGAUGGCAAGCAACCUGCAAUGUUUGACAAGUUAUGUUGCCUAUUGCAGGUAUUAAGUGCUAGGGAAAGAUUAUACUAGUUUGUUAACCACUUUGAUUGUGGUAUGUAAUCAAAUGCAUAUUUGUAUCUAAGUAGAUUUUACCAAUGAUUGUUAGAUAAAUCUUGACUUACCAGUGAUGCUAAAUUUUUUUUGUCUA